UCAGAAUGAUUAUUUCACCCAAGUACUGCGGUUUAAGGAACUACAUUACGUGUGAGUUGGACUUUGCUCGAAGUCCCAGCCAGAUGAGACACGAUCGUCCGUGGUACCACCGAACCUCGGUGCGAAUCCGGACCGUGUCAGGUCUCCUGCAGGGAGCGAGUGCUGGUAAACAUUUUAUCCUCUUAAAGACUCCGCUUGUCAAGCGUGCAUUUCACACCGGAUCUGAAAUAACCUCGGAUGAAACUGAGCUGAGAUUUAAGAUUGCAGGCGUCAAUUCUUACUUGGAGUAAAAGGGAGACUUGUUCAUUAGGUGGUGAAGAUUUUUUAUUUAAGUUUGUUAAAUUGUGACAAGCUCCCGUCAAAGAUAAUAGGGUCCAUGGAAGGUCCGGUGAGAGGCAGGUUGGCAGGAACACAUUCAGGCUGAAGGAAAGAAAACGUGUGUGCCUUGAUUUUGUUUCUUUGGAUGUGACCCACUCUGCUCACGGAUCUUUCGCUCAGUUGCUGUGAUCUUGCGAAGUGAAUCACAUGUUAUGUCUUGUGCUUACAGUGGGCGUACCUUACCAAAAAAGGGGGGCUUCAAACAUGAUGCAGUGGGCUUGUUCUUGUAACCUUUAAGAAUGAAACAGAAACGAGAGAUUGGAACGUAUUAAUCAUGAAAGUGUAUAAUGGGGGUUCAAAUCAAGGAAAUUACGCACCCACCUUCACUGUAAAACAACUGAUGUUUGUGUGGUUCUGAGUCUGAAUGUUAUUUUUAUCCGCCACUGAAGCCCCAACAGGGUCAGAUGUUGCCUGCUUAGUUUCUGGUAUUAGUUAUUUGAGUCAGAACUUUGCCCAGUGAGCGGAAUGUGGAACUCGGUAUGACGGGGAAUGGUUGCGGCAGUGAACACUGUAUCUACUAAUCAGGUCUCCAGUGAACACUAAUCCACUGUACAGCAAGUGAGGAUUUAGCUUUAAAGGAACGUGGAAUUUACCCACAGGAGAAAAUGAGUGUGGCAGAACAUGCACAAAACAGCCAUAAUUCCUCCUUGGACUUCUCUUCCUACAGCAGAACUAUCCUAGCUGAUCCUUCUCACAGUACAAGGACUUGUCCUACCAAGCCAAAAUCGAUUUCCAAUGAAGUCUAUUCAACUAAUGAUUGGAAAAGUAACAGUUCCAAAGAAUCCAAAAUAGCCACUGAAUUAGAGGCAGAGGAUGGCACCAGCAAAGAGAACUCCACACCAAGCUUCACCGACUCUACUGAACUGCAACUGAAAAUAGAGUUUUUUCGUAAGCUGGGUUACACCGCAGAACAGAUCCAUACGGUGUUUCAGAAGGUGGACAGCAGUGCUGAUACCAACACCAUACUUGGGGAGCUAGUGAAGGCAGAAGGGCCCAUAGAGAAGGAUGGUGUGGCAGCAGAGGAUCCAGGGUCUGCCCUGGUAUCUCGUGGAGGCCCUUCAAUCAAAGCUCCAACUGGCGGGCCAGCGAGGGAGGAGGGACAGGAGCAGAAACCCAACUUGCGGACAAUUGUUAUAGAUGGCAGCAAUGUUGCUAUGAGUCAUGGGAAUAAAGAAGUCUUUUCUUGCCUUGGAAUUCAACUGGCCGUGAAUUGGUUCCUUGAAAGAGGUCACACAGAUAUUACGGUCUUUGUCCCAUCUUGGAGGAAGGAGCAAUCAAGACCAGAUGUGCCAAUCACAGACCAGCAUUACCUUGGAGAGCUCGAAAAGAAAAAAAUACUUGUCUUCACACCAUCGCGGCGAGUUGGUGGAAAGAGGAUUGUCUGUUACGAUGAUCGCUUCAUAGUCAAGCUGGCAUAUGAGACAAAUGGCAUCAUUGUUUCAAAUGAUACUUAUCGGGAUCUGCAGAAUGAAAAACCUGAAUGGAAGAAGUUCAUUGAAGAGCGUUUGCUGAUGUAUUCAUUUGUGAAUGACAAGUUUAUGCCUCCUGAUGAUCCUCUUGGACGUCAUGGACCCAGUCUCGAUAACUUUCUCCGAAUAAAACCUGUAAUUCCAGAGCAUAAACGGCAACAUUGUCCCUAUGGUAAAAAAUGCACUUACGGAAUCAAGUGUAAAUUCUAUCACCCUGAGCGAAUUAAUCAGCCCCAGCGUUCUGUGGCAGAUGAGCUCCGUGCUACCGCCAGGUCUUCUCCAACCAAAAGCCUCAACUCUGCAAGCCUGAACAGAGAAGAGAAAAAGGCCAGUGUGCAAAAGCGGUUGCCGUAUUCUGACACUAGUCCAGCAGCAUUUAACCAGGGGGAGAAUGGCUCUUUGCAGAAACAUGGUUCGGAUAGGCAAUACCCAAAACAAAAUGAAAUCCCUACAGAGAGCAGUGGAAUGUUGAAAGGACCUGCAUUAACAAAUGAGGCAUCCAUUAACAUGAACACAGAAUGGUUUCAGCGCAUGGCUUUUGACAGCAGCAUGUCUAAUUCAACAUGUUCAAGCUUGCAUAAAAGUUAUGAUGAAGGCUUUGCCUCCUUUGAGAAAGAAUUCUCUGAUAUGUGGCCUUCCAGGUCUCAUAGUCACAAUGAACCAUACCCUAUCAGCAAUGAACAAUAUUAUUUACCCACCCACAGUUUAGACCAUCACCAAUACAGCUACCAUUCCCAUGAGUCAAUGCCAUCAUUGGGUCACUACAGUUACCCUCCACAGAACCCAUCUACUGGUUCAAGGUGCUGUAUGCCUAUGGGAAGAAUGGCAAUCCAGCCACACUUCAGUCUGUCCAAUGAGUUCAGCUCACUGGGUUCCCAAAGAUCUCAUGGGUGCUGGCCUGACUCACACCUCCCUUCAAACAACAGUCGGUCACAAAGUCUUCCUGACCCUCAUGGUUGGUCAGUGAAAAGAUGUGACCAACAGCCCCUGGAAUCCUACUGGAAAAACAACCCGUGGCCAUCACGAGACCAUUGUGGAGAGGAGCGGGAGACUGUGCGCAUGAAGCUGUGCGCCAUCUUCCAACCCCACCUGGUAGAUGCUGUUAUGAAGCAAUAUCCACAGCUUCUAGACCCUCAGGAGUUGGCUGCCAAAAUCCUGGCUUAUAAAAACCGAAACCCUAAUAUUUAGUGUGAUGUUUUAAUAAAGUUGUCAAAACAAAUGAAUCAACCCAAAUAGCUAGCUACUAAUGCAAUAAAUAAUAAAUUCCUGAAAUCAAUUAAUUUUAUUGCAGUAUUCCUGGAGAAGAGUUCAUUCAAAAUACCUUCCAUUGGAGUUUUGCCCAUACGAUGUUUCAAACUUUACAACACGACCUCAUUUUGACACAUUAUAUAUGAUAAAAGUUAUAUUAUUUCCAAAUCAUCCUUGAGUUUUAUAAUUCGGUGAAUUUAAAAAUACGGAGGAUUUAAAGGAUUUUAUCAGAUUAGUGUUUUUGUAGAUUUAAGACCAAUGAUUUAUAUUGUAAUUUGUAUAUACUGUAUAUACUAUAAUUGUUCUGCACUGUAAAUUGGUAUCACACGUCUUAAUCCGUAUGUUGUGCAUUAAUCUACAUUGUACAUAUUGCUAUCUGUAUAUCCUUUACAGUAUGUACUUAAAAUAUACAAAAGUACAUGGUGUGAUUGAUAUAUACUUCAAUGAAAACUGCAAUUUGCUAAAAUUGUGUAUGCAAACAGCUAAAUACUGUAAUCUGUAUAUAUUGUACAUACUGUAAUCCAUACAUUUCAGUUCAGUGUUAACUCCUUUAUUAUGUAAUUCAGGACAGUUUCACACCUUUUACUUUUUUGUGUAUUUUAUACUUCUGGAAACCAAAACAUGUUGCUGAUUCCAUUUGAGGAUGUGGAGAACUUGUAAUGUUUCUACACGUAAUGUGAAUUGUUUGUAACCAAUGUUUGAAAAAAAAAUUACUUGUGGGUCUUAGUGUAAGAUUCUGUAAAGUUACAGCUUAGGUUGUAGUGAAACUAUUGACCCGUGAGCUGGAUAUGUUGGUACAUAUUGUAUCUUUACUGAUUCCCAAUUAACCAUAUCCAAUGAGUUAGGAGUUGUUCUUGAAGUCAAUACUGCAGUCAACAGAAUGGCAAUUGAAAUUGGCUGCGUUGGCACCAUGUGCCAAUCUGACUGUUGUAAGGGUUAUUGACUUGGCUGAAGUGGCAUCUGAAGAAUUCAGAACUACAAAAUCAUAUGUAAUGGUUUUGUUCUAGUUAAGCAAACUGCUUACAUUAAAGAAAUUGUAAUAUGAUAAGACAUUGUAAUUUGUGUUUCUCUCUGAAGUAUUUGCUUAUGUUUUUGAAGUCAAGUUGCAUGAAGGUUUUAUGCCAAAAUUGGCCAGUCUUAAAUAGAGCAAAGCUGUCUGGUGAAUGAUGUUGCAAGAUUAUUAGGUUUUAAUUGCAGAGGGAACAGUGAGGUGUGGAUUGGUUUUACCUACAUAUAAAUAGCAGACAGACAAAAUUUCUCAACUUACUGUCCAUGAGAAGGUGACAUUAUGAGAUCUAAUGACAAACUGUGCCAAUUUACUUGUCUGAUGUCUGCUACAAUCGUGUCUGCCAUCAUACUGACAUAUACUGGAAGUGCAAGACAUGAAUUUAGUGAGUUUUCUGGUUCUGGACCUGAACAUUCCCUAAAUCUGACCUUCUCUCCUUCCAAUCCAAAUAUAUUAACAACACUCCUUUCAGGGUUCCUUUGGAUUAUUGUUAUAAAUCCAUCUUACCCAAUAUCAGCUGGAGAUCAAAUAAAAUUGUAAGAAUCAAUAACAGACAAGUCAAUCUUUAUGUAAUUAUUUCAACACCCUCCUGGCCAGCCAUCCUUGUUCUACUCUUGGUAAAUGUGAGGUCAUCCAAAGCUCAUGUUCUGUCUCACACCAAGUCUAGUUCACCCAUUAGACUUACCUUGGCUCCUGGCUAUACAACAUUGCUCUAUUACAUAAUCAUAUUAGAAGAUCAAUAAAUUUGUUAUUUAGAAAUUUAAAAAUCUGGAACAAACAGCCAAUAAAAAACAUCUAAACACAUUUAAAUUCUUAGGCAUAAGUAUUAGCUUGUGAGGUGUACUUUGGAGCACCAUGUUUAAUGUGUGAGAGAUGUGUGGGCAGUGGAGAUGGAGCGGGCUGGGACAAAGAUUGGUACCCACUUUACCAUCACUUCAUUCUGAGUCAUCAGUUGCAUGAAUCCCAGAACAGUAAUCAGAUU